AUGGAUUUUUUUAGGCAAAGUAACACUCCCCCACUAUUUCUUCUUGGACUUGAAUAUACUUCUGUCACGUUCUCAUGUGCAUUCCACAACAUGGUGCCUGUAUUUACAUUCAUUGUCGCACUGCUAUUUGGGAUAGAGAAGGUGAACAUGAAAAGCAACAGUGGAAAAGCCAAAGUCUUGGGAACCUCUGUGUGCUUUGGUGGAGCUUUGUUAUCGGUCCUUUAUAAAGGAAUACCCUUAAUCAACCCACUAUCGCAGCACAAAACAAACGAAGCUACAAUAACACCUCCAGCUGCCAUGUUAGAUAAAUGGAUUAUAGGUUCGAUACUUCUGACUGCCGGCUGCCUCUUGUGGUCUUCAUGGUUUAUUAUACAAGCAAAAAUUAGCAAAAAAUAUCCAUGUCAGUACUCUAGCACAGCUAUUUUGUCACUUUUUAAUCAUUUUAAUCAUUACACGUAGAGUUCCUAUUAUAGUUUCUAAACAUCAUACAGAAUAUUUUUAACCAAGGAAUUAUUUCUUUCUAGAAAGUAGG